AUUUGUGCGCAGCUCUGUUCAACUGUCAUGGCGGAUGGGUGUUUCAAGAAGUAAACAUCAAAUUUUGAGAAACAUGGCGUGGAGAUCGCACGGGGAAAGCAAUAGUGACCUCCUCGAUCAGCUGAAAAUCCAUGAAGUGUUGAAAAGCAAAAGAGUCGAAGAGGCUCUCCGACGAGUUGAUAGAAAACAUUACUGUCGAAAUCGAGCAUUUGAGGAUUCUCCACAACCGAUAGGUUAUCAAGCAACAAUCAGUGCACCACACAUGCAUGUGUAUGCGCUACAGCAACUUGAGGGUCAUCUUACAGAGGGUGCUUGUGCUUUAGAUGUUGGUUCGGGGAGUGGCUAUCUCACAGCUGCCAUGGCUUAUAUGGUUGGAGAAACUGGAAAGGUUUAUGGAAUUGAUCAUAUCGAUCAGCUUGUGAAAGACUCUUUGGCUAAUAUCAAAAGAGGGAACCCGGAACUUCUUGAAAAGGGCAGAGUCAAAAUUGUCUCUGGCGAUGGGCGCAAAGGUUAUGAACCUGGGCAACCCUAUGAUGCAAUCCAUGUAGGGGCAGCUGCAGCAGAUUUACCUUCAGCUCUUCUAGAACAACUUAAACCAGGCGGCCGUCUUAUUUGUCCUGUGGGAGCAGAAGGUCGGAAUCAGGUUCUCGAGCAGCAUGAUAAACUUGAGAAUGGCCAGAUUAUGAAGAAGAAUCUGAUGGGUGUCAUCUAUGUCCCACUCUGUGAUAAAAAGCACCAGUGGCCAGGUUAGUUCUAAAUUAAGGAAAUAAUAUACAACUGGAUUUCAAAGCAUGCCAACAGCAUACUUCAGGCUUUUUUGGCAGUUUUAUCUCUAACUUAUUACUGUUCAAGCAUUUUAUCAGCGACAUGAGAUCUCAAAUGGGAGCUGGUCAAAGUGAAAAGUGCAGGUAGCCUGGUUCAAGUGUCAAAAACUCAGCAUACUUUAGUAAGGAAGGUGGAAAGGAAGAAUGAACAAUUUCUUCAGAUGGUUUAAGCAUAGGAUGUCUCUUUUAAAUAGAAAUGAUACUACAAAGUGGAUUUUUGUCACUAGAUAUUUGUAUUUGUCUAGUUGAACAGAGACAGGUAGAAAAUGUCAUUAAAAUUUCAACAACAGA